UCCUGCCUUGUGGGUGGACAUAUUCUAAUUAACAAAUACGUCAUUACGUAUCAGUGACGUCACUACAGAUCGGCGAUAUUCAGAACAAAACAGCCAGCUCGUCUAAGUCUUAAGUAGUUCAGCAAUACGCUUUCUGUUAUCUUAGACAUUGGGGCUUUGUAACAUAUAAGGAUGAGGAAGGGUUCUAGAAGAUGUGUUUUGAUGGUCCUGGCCGUGGUGCUGAACAUGACGGUUGCUGUUCAAGGUUGGGGUCGGCUGAAGAGAACGCGGCAGAUGGAAGAGUUGCUAGGAGACCGGUUCCUUUCGUUGGAAGACCCCCGGCUGUGUGCAGCACGCGUCACUACCCACUGUGUACGUCACCAGGCAGACAGCUAUUCCGCACUGGACCGGCAGAUGAUGGGACUAUCCCAGGAAGCACUGCUGCGGCAUCUUUGUGGAGCCGAACAGGAGUUCGUGACGUGUCUGGGAGCAGCACCGUUCGCCUGCACCAGUAGGAUGAUGAGGGCUGUCCAAUCCGUCGCGGCCGGCCUGCUGAAUGUCACCAUCAAGCCCUACUGUCCAAACAUUGACUUGCAGAUCCUCAAUCCAAUUUCUAAAGUACGCUGUGAGAAGUCCGAGUUUGAACACUGCCUGUAUGCGGGCCGUAUGGCUGGACUCCCAUGGACCCCUUGUCGCGCACGCGCACACAGCUACCGCUGCUUCUCCCAGACCUGCAUGCAGGACGCUGUGGAACCGGUCUGGACCGCCUGGCAGCUACUGGCCCAUGCAGCAGAAGCGACAUACAGCGACCCGACGGUGUGCCAGCAGCUCGACCCCGUCAGUGCCGGGUCACCAGGAGACCCGAACACUCCCCACCAUAGCCUCUCUGAGUACGACUACUACUAGCUGCAGUAGGGGUCAGACCACACUGUUAUUACAGAUUCUAGCGUA